AAAUCGUUAUCUGGUUUUGCUCUUGGUAGUUUAAAUAUUUUACGAUUUAUCACACAUUUAUGUAACAUAUAAUUCGAAAGUUGUCAACGUGUGUUUAAUUCUGUAAAACGUCUACUUACAGUACUCAGUAAUCUCUUAAAUUUAUAUCGACUAAGUUUAAAAUUUAGGACAAAGUAGACAAUAAUUGUCACUCUAAUCAAGUACAAUGUCCAACCAAACUGUAGCCAACGAGAGCAACAAAGAGAAUGUACCAGAAAAUGAAGAAAAGAAAAUUCCUAUAUUUUCAAUUGAAAUAUUAAAGAUUAUUAAAGAAGCCCAACAGCAGCAUGGCUUAAGACACAAUGAUUAUCAAAGAUAUAGAGGUUAUUGCACCAGGCGUAUCAGGCGUUUACGAAAAGUUAUGCAUUUACAACAGGGAGAUCGUAGACAUUUUCGUAAAAAAAAUGUUACAGAAACAAAUCUGACUGAUGAAAGAGCUGUGUACAUCCCAUUAAUGUUGGCUGAAAGAGCAUGGAGUUAUGCAAUGCAACUACGAGUUGAAGCUAAUACAGAACCAAGAAAAAAAUUCCAUUUGGUAUCUAGAUUAAGAAAAGCUUCUAGUUAUGCAAUACAACUUCAAAAACUUUGUGAAUCAGAAAAAUUUGACGCUCGGACUCAAUUGGAAACUCAAGCUUAUGUAGCUUGGUGUGAAGGAAUGUUGCAAUUUGAAUUACAAGAGUGGAAACCAGCCAUUGAAAAUUUAAAAAAAGCUCAAAUGAUUUAUGAAAAAUUAGCAUCUGCACUAAAUGAAGAAGAUGCUAUUUUAUAUAGAAAUCGCUAUGAAGAAUUAGAACCAAGCUUACGCUUCUGCGCUUAUAACAUUGGCAAUGAAACAGAUGUUAAUCAACUAUUACACUUGCGUAAUCAAGCACAAGGGGAUUUAUUAGUGACAUUAGAUACUUUGAUGGCACAAACAAGAGACUCAUUGAGUGAAGUGACUUGGAGAAAUCGUACAGUGCCUGUAAAAAAUUCUCGUGUAAGAACUUUCUUAUUAGCAAACCGUGAUUUUAAUAGUUUGUUGGACAAAUGCUCUACAUUAGCUGAAAAGAGCGAUUCAUUGGAACAACAUUUAAUGGACUGUAAAGAUGCUAUGUUAGCAAUAAGGGAUGACAUCAAAACUGAACAGAAAAUGGAUGGUUCUUCAACUUCUUCAGCAUCAUCAUUACAGUAUCUUCAUACUUAUUUGUCAUUCAUUCGUUUGGAAAGGUCAAUACAGCGUAAUUUGUUAUUGAUUGAAAGCGCAUUGGAAAGUGAUGGCAAACAAGGAACAAUUGGAAGUAAGAAACUUCAGGACAUAACCAGAUUAUAUGAGAUUUUGAUACAAAAUAUUUUGGAAGAACAACAAUUGCCUGGUUUGGAAGACGACUCAGAUUUUCAAGAAAAAUUGAUCAUUAAAGCUAAAGCUUACAAAGCAUUUAGAUGCUAUUAUAUUGGUCAGAGUUUAAGUACUUUGCACCGUUGGAGGGAUACAAUGGCUAUGUAUGAACGAGCAUUGAAUCAUAUAUCUUCAGUUAUUAAUCAAGUUGAUGAUGAUUUGAAAACACGAUUGAGUGACUUGGUGAACACCAUUGAAUCUUCCAAAUAUUGUGCUCAUGCUCAAAGCGUUCUCGAACAAGAUAAUGAGGAAGAACUGGAUAGUUUGAAAAAUGCCAAAUUACAAAAAUUGCCUUUGACUAAACGCUUGGAUGAAUACUAUGAAGAUUCAAGUGUAUUGGGUAAAGAUCCAAAUGUUAUUAAAGUACCACCUGAAAUGGAAGAAAUACCGUGCAAGCCACUGUUCUUCGACGUUGCAUUAAACUUUGUACAACUUCCCGCGUUCAAGAAACAACAACAACCAGCUUCUGACCCUGCUAAUAAAGAAGGAAUUUCCGGGUUUGUGAAAGGUCUGUGGGGUUGGGGUGGAAAGAAGAAAUGAAUGUUUAAUAAUAAAACACAUAUUUUAUAUUUUUAAACUCAUACAAUCCAAAAAUCAAUACUGAUAAAAUAUUGUACAGUCAAAUAUUUUAUCUUUCAACAUAGUUUAAACAUUAAAAGUUUGUUCAAAUAAUGAUAAUAAUUAAUAUACAUCAUUAAAUUAAUUUUUCUAUAUUAUAUAAUAGUUGUAUACAUUUUAAUAAUAAUAAAUUACUGCUAAUGAACUUUA